CAUCUCACCAAGGGUUUCUCCACAUAAUCUAUGCGGUGGUUGACUUCAGUGUUUUUCUUGCAGAAUUCUGAUAUUUAUGAGUUAUUAUGGCUACUACUACUUCAGCUGCGGUUACAGAACCUCCUGGAUUAGAGACUCAACGCAAAGAAAUCGAGUCUUUACUUCAGGAACAUGAACUCCGUGCAGGGGAUACUUGGUACCUGGUGGAGAGGCGAUGGUAUGAGCAGUGGAAGGAGUAUGUGGAAACAGGAGACCAGAACUCCUCUUCUUUUCCUGGACAGAUUGACAACACAGAGCUGUUUGAGGAACUGGAUUCAUACCACCUGAAGGAGCGUCUGGUGGAGAAUGAGGACUUUGUGUUGAUCCCUGCUGAAGCAUGGCAUAAGCUUCUGGCCUGGUAUGGCAUGGUAGAGGUCCAGCCUGCCCUGGAGCGGAAGGUGGUGGAUCUGCCCAGCCUAGUCAAGGUUGAGGUCUACCCCGUGGAAAUCUUCUUGUGCCUCCAUAGCAACAUGGAAAAUGUUGUGACGGCACAGUUUAGCCGUGCUGAUCACAUCCAUACAAUUCAGAAGGUGAUGAUGACGCAGUUUGAUGUGGUGGAGGGGGCAGAGACCCGGCUGUGGAUGAAGAGCUCAGACACCAGCUGUGAGAGGCUGAGGAAUGUCCACGUCAGAGUCCUCGACUCCUGCCUCAGCUCUGGCAUGACGGUGAUCAUGGAGAUGAGGAAUGCAGAUGGUACCUGGCCCAGCUCCAGACCGCAGAUCAUGAGGAACUCUGUGGAGGAGCAGGACUCUUACCGAGGCCAGCCAGGAGUCUGCGGCCUCACCAAUCUGGGAAACACAUGUUUCAUGAACUCUGCACUGCAGUGUCUCAGUAACACUCCUCCACUGACGGAGUACUUCCUGAGGAAUGCCUAUCUGGAGGAGCUCAACUUCACCAACCCCCUGGGCAUGAAGGGGGAGAUCGCAGAGGCCUACGCUGAUGUCAUCAAACAGAUGUGGUCGGGGAGGCACUACUCUGUGGUUCCCAGGAUCUUCAAGACCAAGGUUGGUCACUUUGCCUCCCAGUUUCUGGGCUACCAGCAGCAUGACUCCCAGGAGCUGCUCUCCUUCCUGCUGGACGGGCUUCAUGAGGAUCUCAAUCGGGUCAAGAACAAGGAGUACAUCGAGCUGAGGGACGCCGCUGGCAGGCCUGACCAGGAAGUGGCAGAGGAGGCAUGGCGUAACCACCGGAGACGGAAUGACUCCGCGAUUGUUGACACCUUCCACGGCUUGUUCAAGUCCACCCUGGUUUGCCCCGAGUGCCGCAAAGUGUCUGUCACCUUUGACCCCUUCUGCUACCUGAGCGUGCCCCUGCCUGUUAGCAAGGACCGGGUUAUGGAGGUAUUCUUUGUCUCUCUGGAUCCUGUGGCCAAACCUGUUCAGCAUCGCUUGGUUGUACCCAAAGCUGGCAAAGUGUUUGACCUGUGCUCCGUUCUCUCGGAAAUGACCAAAAUCCCAGCCAAUCAAAUGGUUGUGGCCGAUGUGUUCAACCAUCGCUUCUAUAAGCUGUACCAUGCUGAUGAGUCUCUAAGCUGCAUCCUGGACCGGGAUGACAUAUUUGUGUAUGAGCUGAACAGAGGCUCUAUGGAGGAGGAGGGGGAUGAGGUGGUUCUGGCUCUGUACCUAAGGGAGCGCUCCCACUACAGGGACUACGGUUCAGGGAGCAGCAGCUAUGGGACGUCCCUGUUUGGACACCCACUGCUCAUGACCGUGCCUCGAGGCCAGUGCAGCCGUGACGCCCUCUAUCACCUCUUCCUGCAGCGGCUAGCGCGUUAUGUCCGACCACCAGAUCCCUCAGAGGAGGAGGAUGAGGAGGAGGGUGAAGAUGAUGAUGAUGACGAUGAGGAGGAAGAAUUGUAUAAGACCCAGACCAAUGGUGUCAGCUACGAUGACGGCGAGGAUGACUGUGAGAGGCCAGAACCCUCCAAGAGGGAUCACUGUUGUGAUGGUGUCGGCCAAGGACCUGCUGUGACCCAGACUCAGCCAGACCAGACCCAGGAGUCUGGAGGAGAGGCACAAGCUGACGAGGGGUCCAGCAGUGAGGUCAGGGCAGGGUGCAGCACAGAGGACAGUGCCUCUGCAUCCUGCAGUGCCUCUGCAUCCUGCAGUGCCUCUGCAUCCUGCAGUGCCUCUGCAUCCUGCAGUGCCUCUGCAUCCUGCAGUGCUGGAGCCAGUGGUGGUGCUGGAGCCAGUGGUGGUGCUGGAGCCAGUGGUGGUGCUGGAGCCAGUGGUGGUGCUGGAGCCAGUGGUGGUGCUGGAGCCAGUGGUGGUGCUGGAGCCAGUGGUGGUGCUGGAGCCAGUGGUGGUGCUGGAGCCAGUGGUGGUGCUGGAGCCAGUGGUGGUGCUGGAGCCAGUGGUGGUGCUAGUGUUGAUGCCAGUGCUACAGGACCAACAGACAGCCAGCAGGGUGCAGGCCACCAGCAGCAGCAGCCAUGUGAGGAGGAGGAGGAGGAGAGGGGUGAGUGCCCCCCCUGCCUGCCACAGGCCAACGAGAGGCAGGCAAAGAGAAAGGGCUGCGAGGCCAGACGGAGGAAGCUGCUCUUCUCCAUCCAGGCGGUCAACUCCAACGGCACCACAGAGAGAGGCAUGGGAGAGGACGGCAGUGCCUUCUCUUUUAGCUCUCAACCAUAUGUAGCCAUGGACUGGGAUCCUGACAUGAAGAAGAAAUACUACAAGGAGAAUGAGGCAGAGAAGUAUGUGAAACACCAAAGCAUGGAGGUUCCUCACCAGCAGACCACAGUGCAGCUGCAGGAGUGCAUUGAGCUCUUCACCACUGUGGAGACCCUGGAGGAAGAAAACCCUUGGUACUGCCCAAUGUGUAAGAAACACCAACUGGCCACUAAGAAACUGGACCUGUGGUCACUGCCGGAGGUUCUCAUCAUCCACCUGAAGCGCUUCUCUUACACCAAGUACUCCAGGGAGAAGCUGGACAUCAUCGUUGACUUCCCUCUCAGACACCUCGACUUUUCAGGUUGUCUGCUGAGGAAGACCGGUGCAAACGGAGAGCCGCCCAGCCGAUAUGAUCUGAUAGCAGUAUCCAACCACUACGGUGGACUCCGAGAUGGACAUUACACCAGUUAUGCCCAGAACAAAGACAACGGACAAUGGUAUUACUUCGAUGACAGCAAGGUGACAUAUGCAAGGGAGGAACAAAUUGUGACCAAUGCUGCCUACCUCCUGUUCUACCAACGACAAGAUAAGAUUCGCCAGCCCACCUUACCCGCCCCCUUGAACAGCUCCUCUCCCACCCAGCCUGCUAAUGAUGUCACUUCCCCCAAACCCGAUGGGAUGGAGGGAGCCACUUCCUGUGUCAACAUGGAAACAGACUGAAGCAGAUUUGUUAGUUGGUUUUUUUCUUUUUCCUGAGUUGAUGGGGCUUUUUGAUUUUGUAAUGUUUUAUUUCUUUUCUAUUCCAAAAAAACUUGAACCUUCUUCCUCUGUUCUGCAUUGAACAAGGAGUGAGAGGCUAGAUUCUCAGGCCGGUGGAGAAGAGUGAGGAAUACAAUUUAUUAUUUCUUUUUUUUUCUUUUUUUAAAGAUUAUUGAGUAAAUCUGGGGACACCAAUAUAGUAGAACAUUGAAUGAUGAAAUCUGUCAUUGCUUAAUCAGACUAAGGUAUGCAGUGUCUGUCUAUGCUGAUGCCAAAUGGACCUCUUAGUGAUUGGAUAUAGUCAAUCAUAAUUUAGAUGAUUCAAGACCUAUAUAUUGUGAAUAUCUGUGCACCACUAUCUAUCUGAACUGUGAUGCCCUGCUGGAAAGAUGACCUCUAACUUUGAUCCACUGCUGUGCUUCUUAAUUGAGCUGAAAUCGAGGCAGAUUUCCUUGAGGCUGUUUGAAUAGAUUUGAACGCAUUUUGCUCUAGAAGGUAAAUCACAAUGUAUGAGGUUAAAGGCCCAGUGCAGUCAAACUUGAUUUCCUGUGUUUUAUAUAUUUCCUCAUUAUGAGGUUGGAAUAAUACUGUGAAAUUGUGAAAAUUAUGCCGUUUUGGUGUAAGCUAUUUUGAAAAGACCUGAAUUUCAGCUUGAUUUCCAUGGGUGGAGUUUUGGCAUGCCUUGUGACAUCACCAGGCGUUAUAAGUUAGACCAAUAACAGUUUCAAACCUCCCUACCAAUAACCGCUAGUUUUCAGGAUACAUAUCCCUCCAAUUAUGGCUCAUUCAAUACAAUUCAGAAAUAUCUGACUUCAGUGCCUUCAAGACAACUGAGAACUCUGAGAAGAAAAACUCUGACUGGUAAAAAUAGUUUUGAACGGUCAUCCACCUCGGAAUUUCGAAUCGGAAAACUGUGGCAUCUUUCUAGAACUCAGACUGUCUGACUUGAAGAUCACUGACAUCAUGAUUUGACCUCGCCCCGCCCCCAUUAAAAAAAAAACAUAUAUAUUAAAUCACAGUAAGGUACUUAAUUGUUACACAGAAAUGAUUUGAUAUUCAGAUCAUAAGGGAAAGGGAAAAUCCACUCAAAAGCUAUCUUUUGUUAUUUUUCCAUUAGUCUGCUGUUAAUACAGCAAAAUACAUCAUCAUGAUGAUGUGGUCAGUGACCUUUUGCUUCUUGAAUGUCCAAUAUCUUGAAAACUUGACUGUUGACAUGGAAAACAUGUUGUGACUGUCAACAGUGUACUAUUGAAAAAUACACCUAAGAUUUUUUUUUUUUUGUGGAUUUACACUUUAACAGCAUGGAUAACCUGGUUUGAGUUAACUCCUGAUUUUAAAAUUAGAUUACAUUCUCCUAUUACUCUGUUUUCUUUAUAUCAACAACUGCAUUAACCGAAACAUUGCAAUGUGAUUUAUAUGGAACAUAAAGGUGAAGAAAACCAUAGUAUUAGAAGCAGACACUUUGAAUACCGUUGGAGGCGUUGUAUAUUUUCUCUUGCGAUCCAUUAUUUGUUUUUCAUUGAAUUAUCAGACACACAUAAAUUGGGCCUCUUGGUGCUCGUGGACAUAUUUCUAGUUGGGAUUAGUUUUCCACUAUCAACAGUGAUUUUGAGAUAGAAUCUCUGGUGCAGGACAUAAACAGAUGCAUAUUUUUCGCAUUCAAAUAUAAUUUGUACUCUUUUAGUAGAAGCAAAUAAAUGGCUACAUCUUUAAAAUUAGAUAUUAGUUUAAUUUUAUUCUGUGCAAUUUCUUAAUGACGAGCAAUGGAUAGAGCUCUAAAAUGAUUUUUUAAAGCGCAUCUGUACAGUAUUUUUCUAUUGUAAUAAAUGUUUUGUCUUUGGUCAUCUGAUUCAGAGACAGGGAUGGGGUGAAUUAAUUGACUUUGUUAAUAGAUUAAAUAUUUUAUUGUAUACUCAUCUUUUGAUAUUAAUAAAUGAUUACUAUAGCCAGUAGGCAUGAGGUAGAUUUGACACUUUUACAUGACAUCCUGGCUUUCCUUAUUUUUUACCAGUAAAUGACCGGGGUUUACAAUCCGAUCGAAGGUGGCUGUGAGAGCUGGUUAACUCGAGCCCUUUAGAGAUGUCGUUUAGAUUGGGCUGUGGCCAUGCUCUGAAUGGCAAGGCCUGCUUAGUUUGGGAUGUUCAUUCUUUUCCUGAGAGCAAUAUGCAGUAUGUAGUUGUCAAUAUGCAGUUUAUAGAAACUGAAGCGGAAGGCCAUUAUUCUGCCUAAAAACCUGUAAAAGGUCAAUCUUCAUAUUUUUGUUUGUCAAUCACAUUGGUACAAUAUGUCCAGACACACACAAGGUUAAUGCCAGCCAGCCAGCCUGACUACUCAAUUAUCUUAUUCACCAACACCCGUUUGGUCUGAAAUUGCUGUUCAAAACAUAAAGCCAUUUUGUACAAUGGAGUGACUGCAAUGAUUAUAUUCUUGUAUCAACACGCGAUUGGUGAUGCUGCAGUAAAUGUCUGGGCUUUUAGUGGGAACAGAGGCACUCUCCAAGGUAGUUUAGUGUUUUCUGAGUGAUCUGGAAGAGGCCAAGCUGCCAUCCCAAACAUAUUCCUUGGUCCUCUACUUAACGUCCAGUACGAUACAUGAAUGUCCACAUUUAGGAUGUUGCAGUGCACUGAAUACUGUACCCAAUUUCUUAUACGAGAAACCUUUUUACAUAAAGUUUUCAUAUUCAUACCUUAAUGAAAAUGGGCAUUUCACACCUGCAUCAUCUUCCCCUUCUGUUCCAAUGUUACUUUGACACAAUGCAGUGAAGUUGCUACUUUGUGAUAAGUAUGUGAAAUAAAAUAAAGUCUGAUUCAUUCUUA